AUGGGAAAUCAAGCAAUCAUGGAACAGACCACUCCGACAGCCACCGAUCUCAUGGCGUAUGGGAAGUCGACCUCCACCUACCAAGAGGCUUUCCAGGAUCAAGGUUACGUGAACUGGUGCAAAACCAUCACUGCAGAGGACCCACAGACUUGCUGGCAAAUUCGCCGUUUUCUCAGUUGGAUGGACAAUCACUCCAAUCUGCCUCCGGGAUUGCCCAGGUCCUUUCUGAGCAAGCCCGAGCCGAAGAGCAAAGCGGCAACCAAGACCAAGGGUACUCAAGGGCGCAUCAUCGAGCCCUCGUUCUCAAGCGGCAGUGGAACCGAAACAUCGUUUGUCCAGAUCCCCAUGCAUGUGCCCAUGGACGCAAGGGAUCGAGGAACAGAUUCUCGAGCUCCGUCGCCAGCAGUCCAUGAUCCGCCUUCCGAGAAAGCCGAGGAGAAGACCCGAAAAGUAUCAGAGAUAUACUUGACAAAGCAGAGAUUCGAGAACCCCGACGACAAAGCCACCUCGGAUGAGCGACAACAGAUGAGAAGUGUUUUGGGUUGUCUAGCUUGGCAUGCGGGCCAAUUGGCCAUGGAAUGGGGUGCAGAGACACGGACCUUCAGCGGCUCAGCGGUGCUUGAGGAGGUGCAGCAGACGUCGGUGUCGGUGGGCGAACGUGGGAGCCAGGAGCUUUGGAAGUGCUGA